AUGGAAUUCUUCUAUAGUGUCGUCGGCCAUAAGAGAGGAUGGAUUCAGAGGAUCGUUAGGCGGGUGCAGUCGGAGACGAAAUUGAAAAGGCCCAUCAAGGUCAAGUCUCACGAGGCAUUGCAUUCCCGAUUUGUAAUCCAUGAGUACCUCCCAGAGGUGAGCCUAGAUGGGAAUGCAUUCUUCAUGGUUGCAGGAGUCAUACAGGAGUUCGGUCGCCAAAAUCACUCGUUUUUGAGCCGACUAACCCAAAACGUCAUCUAUCAACAACUCGUGCGCAGUUCAUCGAAUAGGUUUGUCAAGCUAUCUUCCUAUGCCAAGGUAUUUCCCUGGGAUAAAAAGUUCGACGAGGCUGCUAUUCGACGUUAUUGCGAGACGAACGACUUUGUACAAAAUAUUCUACUCCCAACUGCGCCAAACGGCAUUGAAGGUCUAGUAGCUAUAGCCAAAGAGUGGAUCGAGAAUGGGUAUUAG